CUCGGUGUGUGGAUGUUCAUGUUCUUCGCGCCGACGGCGCCGCUGCAUUGCCAGUGUCGCCGAUGCAUCGGCGACGCAUCGACCGACCCCGGAGAGUCGGACCCCAAUCAGGGAAGCAGUCAGCAGUCAUGUGAGCCGCAUGCCUGCCCAGCUGAGCGGUGGCCCUUGAGCCCCGGGUCAACGAUCAUGUCGCUCGGUGCCUCGUCGUCGCUAGGCUGAUCAGGUCGGGAGGUCUGCGCCAAGACAUCAGAAAGAGAAUGGUGGAGGGCUGGUCUAGCACAUUGCACUUUCGAUCCAAUUGUGGCGCUCUCUGUGUAUCUCGCUUGCCAGUUCGUAGGACAUGUGCGUUUGAGCUGUCGCGAAGGUAGUUGCCAUAAUAUUUGUUUCACGAAUUGCCCAGCCAAUGUUCGGUGUUUAUUAUUCCCACGAAAGGUUGCGUUUGGAGUGCUAGCGUUCGGCACAACAAUCAUUGUGUCUUUCAGGGUGAUCUCCAACAACGAGCUGUUGAGCCACACCUUCUUACAUGGCAAGCUGGUGUCGGCGAGCUGGCAGGCCGCAUCGCCGCGGCGCUCGAUGGCUUCGAGGACGAGGGAGCGCACUGGACUUGGGACUGGGACAUGAAGCGUGCGCCCGGGCGGUCCUUGGCAAGCAGGCUCGCCGACGAGUACGCGGCUACUGUGGUCACGGGAGUGCCAAAAGUGGAGUUGGACGAGCUAAGGCAGCGCAGCGUGGGCCCAGGCUGGUUCGUGUCCGAGAUGUUCCUGGAGGUGGUGUUUGCUCCAAGAACACCGAGCAGGGAUGGCUUCCUCGUGGAGGCGCGCCGCCGUCGCGGGGUUACCUUCGCGAACCGCUCCGCGCAGAUCGGCUUCCUGUACCUCCGGUCUUCCGUCCUUUCCGUGGUGAAGGCGGUGGCGAUGUUGCUGGUCGUCUUCCCGCCGCCAUGGAGGCGGACAGCAGCGCUGGAGAUGCUGCAGGCGGAGCUAUUUUGCUCGCUGGAAUUGAUCCUCUUGUGCGUCGUGGCCUCCCUGCGGAAGCGGGCCAGCCUCUUUGGCAUGGGCUCACUGGUGCUCCCGCUGGUGGCGGUCCCCUCCGAGGCGGUUCCUUGGUGCGUUUUCAUAGUGACCCACGGCUGGUACCUCAAGAGGAAUAUUGGGAGUGUCCACGCCCUCGAGUACGUGAAGCUCAUCGGCGACCAGCGGCUCACUUGCCUUUCCUGCGACCUGCUCAUGGAUGGCAUGGACGAAGACCCAGAGUCGCUCUUCGUGUGCUCGUUGGGCAUUGGCCACAUGACGCUCGACUUCACGGACCCGUAUGUGCUCCUGUUCGUUGUGGUCUUCUUCGGUUUCGUGCUUGUGCAGGUCUUCACGGCAGUUCCCUCGCCCCACGCCCUCCCGCGCGCUCUCUCCACCAGCCUGCGGGCGGUGGUCGCGGCUUACAGCCUGGGCCAGGAGGAUCCCAUGCAGGUGUUGUGCAGCGUGCUGCGGGGCUACGUGAGCGUGGCCCCUGUGGAGCUCUCUCGGCAAGAGCUCGAGGUCUUCUUCCAGGCCGCGCGCGGCCGGGUGCUCCUGUCGGUGGCCUUCGCCGCCGAGAACAUGGCGCUCGAGCCCGACAACGAGUACCUCGCCCACACCUCCGAGCCCGGGUGGGCGGUGCUGCAGAAGCUGGGCAACGUGGACGCUGCUGUGGCACUUUCGGCACUCAGCGACGCAAUAGGAGGGGUCUCGCGUAUGUGA